CAGAAGUGAGUAUCAAUCAGAGGGAGGAAGGGGAGACACAGAGAGAGAGAGACAGAGAAACAGCGAGCGCGCGGAGCGACAGAACGCGAAAUAUAGGAGAGGGAAAGUCCAGAAAGGACAAAAACAGAAAGGACACAAAGAGAAAGAAAAAGAGAGGAGAGGAAACGGCCGCUGCUCCUCAGGAAUGGCCUCUGACGCUUCCAGGCGCCUUCAAAGUUCGAUCUAGACUCUCGUUUUGGAUUACUCACGCUGGAAAGUUGGGCUCGCGCUGAGAGUGUGCAGGCAUUGUUUUGCGUGUGUGAGCGUGAGCGAGUGUCUGCGUGUGCGUGGAGGAAGAGAUGAGUGACCGCAGGCGCUCGGCCGCCGCGCUGAGCUCCAGAGCGCACGCGUUCUCCGUGGAGGCCCUGAUCGGCUCCAACAAGAAGCGCAAGCUGCGGGGUUGGGAGGACAAGGAGCUCCAGCAGCUCUCCAUGGAGAGUCUCACCACCAACGGACAGCUGGAAGACGCCGAGGACCCCGCGCACUGUCUGGAUAUGGACCCGGACUCGGCGGGUAGUCCGGGUUCGGAGGGCGACUGUGUGGAGCCCGUUGUUGAGGGGGGCGUCUCUGGUUCGUGCUGCGACCCACCGGCCUCUGCCUCCAUGGAGGAGAUCCAGGUGGAGCUGCAGUGCGCGGACCUGUGGAAGCGCUUCCACGACAUCGGCACCGAGAUGAUUAUCACUAAAGCGGGGAGGAGGAUGUUUCCAGCCAUGAGGGUAAAAAUAUUGGGCCUAGACCCUCAUCAGCAGUAUUACAUAGCCAUGGAUAUUGUACCUGUGGACAACAAGAGAUACAGGUAUGUCUAUCACAGCUCAAAGUGGAUGGUGGCAGGAAAUGCAGACUCUCCUGUGCCUCCACGCGUCUACAUCCACCCGGACUCACUGGCUUCUGGAGAUACGUGGAUGAGACAGGUGGUCAGCUUCGACAAGCUGAAACUCACCAACAAUGAGCUGGAUGACCAGGGUCAUAUCAUUCUGCACUCCAUGCACAAGUAUCAGCCCCGUGUCCAUGUGAUCCGGAAGGACUUCAGCAGCGAGUUGUCUCCGACUAAACCCGUGCCGAGUGGGGAAGGAGUGAAAACCUUCAGCUUCCCAGAGACAGUUUUUACCACAGUUACGGCUUACCAGAACCAACAGAUCACCCGGCUAAAGAUUGACCGCAACCCGUUUGCUAAAGGCUUCCGGGACUCGGGGAGAAACAGGACCGGCCUGGAGGCCAUCAUGGAAACGUAUGCCUUUUGGAGACCACCUGUGAGGACUCUUACAUUUGAGGAUUUCACUAACAUGCAGAAACAGCAAGGAGGCAGCACUGGCACCUCUCCCACUACCUCCAGCACUGGUACGCCGUCUCCAUCGGGUGCAGCACAUCUUCUGUCCCCCUCCUGCUCUCCACCCACCUUUCAUCUCGCACCAAACACCUUCAAUGUGGGCUGCAGGGAAAGCCAGCUGUGCAACCUGGGCCUGUCUGAGUAUCCCGCCUGCGCUCGGAGCAACAUGGCCGCUUUGCAGGGCUACGGGGGACUGGCCGACGGCUCCUACGGCCGCCUCCAAACGGCAGGGGGCAGCGUGACCUCCGGACAACCAUCAGACUCCUUCCUGCCUCAGAGAACUUCCUCUUUAAUAGCAGCAGGCAUGCAGAGUAGCCCUCACGGCUCGCUGGGCACCAGCAGUAACAGUGGAAGCAGCGGCGGCAGCAAGAUGGACGCUUAUGGGGGCCAGCUGGCAUCUUUUCCUGCCUCCCAGCUCCAGUAUGUCAUGCAGGCAGGGGCGGGCUCCGCCUCUGGCUCCUCCUCUUCCCCGGGAACCUCCCCUUCCUCUGCCCACAUGUUCACUGGGAGCCAUCAUCACAUGCAGCAGGGCUCGUAUAAUGCCUUUUCCUUGCACAACCCCUACAACCUGUAUGGAUACAACUUCCCAGCCUCGCCGCGCCUGGCAGCCAGCCCGGAGAAACCUCAGGCCGGCCUGCUGUGCUCUUCCUCUUCUGCUGGGGCCUUCGCUGAGCGCCAGUACCUAUCCGGAAGUGGCAUGGACAGCAUGCACAUGAUAGGAAAUCCCACCAGCAGCCAGCAGGGGGCUGCGGCCUGCGACGGCCGUCAGUACGGCUCCUCCUCUCAGAUGUCCAUGCACAUGGUUUAAAAGGAAGAAAAAAAGAGUUAUGUGCACCAUCACAGCAAGCGGCCAUAGCUAUUCAUUUCCAAGUUCUCAUGGAAUUUAAUUCUAUUUUAAAUUUAAUCAGAUUUCUGGGGUAUUUUUUUGAAGAGUAUGCCAACUUGCCAUUGGUUGGAGAGCCAAUCCUUUAAAAUCUUUAAAAGCUGACUUUUAAAAAAGGGAACUCAUCAUGUCAAAAUGUGCAGGCCCUAAAUUUCACUAAAUAGAAUGAAAUCUGUUAUUUAUGUGUUUUUCUUCCGUGAUUUAUGCCAAAUGGACCUGCCCUUUUUAUUGUCACAUUUUCCAACCUCAAACAAAGUCUCUGCCUUAUGAGGUGCUCUUGUCUUGAAAGAUUCUGUUGAGAUUUGGUGCAAUAAUGGACUCAGUGAAUCAUUCUUAUCUCAAGUAGCAUAUACGAACAAGGGACACCUUAAACCAACAUUGUCUUUGUAUGUUUGUUUGUUUGUUUUUGUUUUAAUUUUGUGUAUUGGGUAAUUAAAUAGAUCACAUUUACUGCAGAGAUUAAUACUGGCAGAGAACUGGAAAAAAGAACUGGUGUCCCCCAACUAAAGGGAUUGAAACGAAAGGAGAACUUGAAUAGGGUUCAACGAGAUGAAGGACAAUGCAACCAGAAACCCUGAGCACACUAAGCAUACAGUCAAUGCCAACACAAAAGGUAUCUUUUGUGGUAAAGUUCACCUGAAGGACACUGGUGCACAGUGGAUUUUGCAGAAUGUUGCUAUUGGCCUAUUUAAUCAGAAAUUGCGUAUCAUAUUUCGAGUGGAUUACUUUUGUAAACGUAUAAGUAACGGAGAGUGCACGCGAGACACUAUGUUUUCAUGUUGUGUGGAUAAACUAGGAAACCAGAGUAAUAAAAAUAUGUUUUGAAGUGUUGUAGAUAACAAAGUAUUUAAGUGCUAAGUGACAAUAUAGUUAUAUGGCCAGUUUAUG